GGUCCCAUUGCACUUGACCUCACAUUACCGUGGAGCUACUGUAAGAUUCACUCCGUACAGUUGCACAAUAGCCGGUGCUGUGCUGAUAGUGCCACCUUUCUGUCAUCCAUAUGUAUGUCCACGUGGUGAUGAAGACCACGUUUGGUCUGUCACAGGUUAAAAUAUAAUUAUUGAACUAGGAGGCUUCCUCAACAAUAGAUAACGCUAUCCUUUAUUACGGUCCAUCAUCCAGGGUGCGUUCAAGUUCAAACAUUUCGACUCGGCGGAUUUGCAACGAUUUCGAACCAGCUGUUUCGUUUGAGCGCAACGUUUCGCGACAGCGUCUGGAAUAUGUUGUCACGAUUACGCUCUCCAUCUGGGUGUCAUCCAAACACGAUUUAAAGGCGACACCGUUUCAAACGGACAACCAUUUGAAAUAGCCCUUCCAACACACUGCUAUCAUCUAAUUUCAAACGUUUUGUUAAACGCGUUGACGGCGCUGAACGCGCCCCGCUCGCAGGUAUCACGUUUCAGAUGGAGACAACGUUACAACGGUGACCAUCCGACGCUUUAACAAUACCGAAGCUCACUCUCAGCAGCCGACGCGCUGAAGAAAGGACGCUGGCACCACGCAAAGACAAUCAUGGCAGUGAAUGUCCCCGGACUCGUGACCGUGGUGGUUUUUUAUAUCGUCAUCCUGGCAAUUGGGAUCUGGGCAUCUCGAAAAUCCAAGAAAUUGGAGAAGACAUGUGCCGGCACUAAGAGCGAAGUUGCCAUGGUCGGUGGCCGCAACAUCAAUGUCCUGGUCGGGGUUUUCACCAUGACAGCGACAUGGGUUGGAGGAGGUUACAUUAUGGGAACUGCUGAGGCUGUUUAUUCUCCUUCUCAAGGUCUCAUCUGGGCUAUGGGGCCUCCUGCUUAUGUUAUCAAUUUUCUUUUGGGAGGAUUGUUUUUUGCAAAACCUAUGAGGUCUAAGCGCUACGUGACCAUGUUGGAUCCCUUUCAGCAUCGCUAUGGCAACAUGUUCACUGCAACACUGCUGCUUCCUGCUUUGGUCAGUGAUAUUUUGUGGGUUGCCUGCAUCCUUGCUGCUCUGGGAGGAACAAUGAGCAUCAUUCUUGGGCUGUCGUCUGCCAUCUCCAUCGUCAUCUCUGCUGCUGUCUCCAUCAUCUAUACAUUUUUGGGUGGCCUCUACUCUGUGGCGUAUACCGACAUCAUCCAGCUUUCCUUCAUCUUCAUCAGCCUGUGGCUCUGUAUUCCUUUUUUGAUACUCAGCCCUGGAGUUACUGACAUCACGCACACAGUCCACUUCAACCAAACAAUUGGAAAGUCAUGGAUCGGAGAGUUGAAGCUGGAGGAUGCAGGAAAAUGGGCGGAUGAGAUGCUGUUAUUGGCUUUAGGGGGACUGGCCUAUCAAGCUCUCUACCAGAGGAUCCUCUCUGCAGCCUCCUCUGCUCAGGCUCAGGUCACCUGCUUUGCUGCUGCUGGGACAGUUUUAGUUAUGGGACUCCCCUCAAUUAUCAUUGGAGCAGUGGCGGCCUCUGCAGACUGGAACCAGACAGAGUAUGGUCUACCCCCUCCUUUUGAACGAGGGGAGGCAGGGAAGAUCCUGCCACUGGCCCUGCACUACCUCACACCCACCUGGUUGUCAGUGUUAGGCAUUGGUUCUGUGGCGGCAGCAGUUAUGUCCUCCAUGGACUCUGUGCUGCUGUCCUCAGCAUCCAUGUUUACACAAAACAUAUACAAGGCGACUUUGAGGAAGCAGGCCUCGGAGCGGGAGCUGCAGCUGGUGAUCCGUGUUAGCGUUGUGCUGGUGGGCCUGGCUGGAUCAGGCCUGGCCUUUGCUGAAGACAGCGUGUUCGGCCUCUGGCUGGUAAGCGGGGACCUUCUCUACUGCGUGAUCCUCCCGCAGCUCGUAUGCGUACUGCACUUAGGCUGCGCUAAUUGCUACGGUGCUAUCAGCGGCUAUUUAGUAGGACUGCUGCUGCGUGGGCUGAGCGGGGAGCCGCUGCUUGGGAUCCCUCCUCUCAUCCUGUACCCUGGCUGGAGGGAGGUGGACAGAGUUAUCGUACAGUACUUCCCCUUCAGGACUCUUGCCAUGCUGUCCUCUGUGACAUGUAUUAUUACAGUGUCCUGGCUGGUGGAGCUAGGCUUCUGUCACCAACUAAUUCCUCAGUCCUGGGAUUUCCUGGGGGUGUUUGAGGAGAAAAAAGAGGCAGAGAGGGAGCAAGUACCACCUGUUCCUGGUGAGGAAAAGAACUGUAUCCUUAAUACAAAACUCUAGGUUUAACUUAAGUACAACAUCAGCCAAAGUAUACUCAAACCUCUUUUUAUGCAAAUUCCGACCAACCUUCGUCUCUGCACAUUUCUUACAUGUACUGUAUAUUACACGUGUUUAAUACUGAAUCAUAUGCUUUAUAUGCACCAAGCUGACCAGCAGUAUGUGGAGAGUGAUUCAGGGAGGCAUUGAUGCGUGCUGGUUGUCUUUUUUUAACAGAAGAGGAUUAAGGCCACAUAUGAAGACCUCGAGAUUUUGAUCUUAAUGUCAGAAGUCUGUGUUUUUUUUCACAUCGUCCCAAUCCUCUUUAAAUGAACCUCUUUCCUCAAUUGUCCCCGGUUACACAAACAUUUUUGUAGUUUUUUAAUUACGUCGCCUCGACUCAAACCUUUUCUGUAAAUGAAGCUCAACCCGGGUGGUGUUAUUUAAUUGUGAAAUCACUUUCUAAGGAGUUCUGGCUCUUGCAUCAAUCAAGCACUGAGGGGACAAAGCAAUCCCAUUUGUGAUGCAAUACUUGAGACGCUGAGGUUGAGUAUUCCCUGCAAACAAAAAAAUCUAGCAGCAAGUGCCUGCUUGUUGAAGUAUUUACCAUUAUUUUAUGUUUUAAAGGGAUCAUUAUUGAAGGACCAUCAAGAUAUAGAAUUUGAACUGCUAUUUUUUAGAUGUUUUGUGAUUGCAACUUUUCAUAAAAAAAAUGAAACCUUA